AUGUCGGAAGAAUACGCAGGCAAGAGCAAUGAGCAGAUCAUUCAGGAGCAAGCUGCGAGCCUGUCCAGCAAGGACUCAAACUUUACCAAGGACAAGUACAAUCCCAGAAACACCGUCCUCUCCGAGCAGUCUGGUGUGAACGAGUCCGGCCUCGGCGAGUUUCCUGGUGCAGAUGUGCAAGUAGGACGUACAGGUCAGACGGGUGGAGGAACAAAUCCUCAGCUGAUCCCACCCGAAGAAGGCGGUUCAUCCAAGGCUCAGUCGCUCGGACAGUCCUCUGAUCAGUUCGAAAGCACAGCCGGAGGACCUGAAGAUGCCGCGUACGAGAGACUCGCAAACAACCCGGGUGGCUUUGAUGCGGCACCUCGUGGAGUCGACCAGAUCCGCGAACCUGCGACCGGCGCCGAGCCUGUGCCUAGGACGGAGGACCAAGCGCUUGAGCCAGACCAAGAGGCAACCGCACGCAACCCUACUGGGAUUUAAAGCGCGUUGAUGUUCUCAAUUGCAAUGUCGAUGUGCUCAUUGACGCGAUGCCAAGACGUGUCUGCGUGGGAUGCUUGAUAUGCUGCAAGAUGAUGGGCUCGGUCGGGUGCGCAAGUACGUGAGUGGGUGCAGGG